AUACGAUGACAGAGUCAACUUAUCUGAAUUUUAAUAUAAUGAUUGUGUAAAAGUAAAAGAAAUGCAUUAUCAUUCAUACAGCUUUAAAAUAUUAAAAUUACUGGUAAGGUUUUGACAAAAGCAUUUUUCUCAACAGGCGUGACUCAAGUGGUACAGUCCGAACUAAAAAUUCUCUCAGUUGUCAAAUCUUGCAGCACGUGUAGCGUUGUUGAUUGAUCUUUACUUAUAGAUAUUUUCAAUUGAAGUGAUAAUGCCAUUGCCAACAGAUUCCUCGUAGUAUGAAAAGAACAUCGUUUGAGUAUUUUGAACGAAAUUCUGACCUCCAACCAUCUUAAUUCCAACGAAUAAACCUCACCAUAUGUGAUCUGUAUAAAACCGGCGCGCGGCUUGAGCGGUUUCAAGAUCAACAGCGUUCUGUAAUUCGAACAUGCUUCAACGAUCAUGAAGUUUAUGAAUGUACAAUUGCUAUUAAUAACGCUCGAAAAACAUCGCGUAGUAAAUUCUGACGUUUUACCAUUUUCUUUAUGAAUGUACGUGUUUCAUCAGGCUGCAGAGUUGUACAAAAUGCCCCACGAUUUUCACCGGUUGAGAAGAAUCUUUCGUCGCAAUAGUUCUGAAGCUGAAGCCAUCUUUCAAAUCGUACCCAUAAUUUUCUUCAUACUCGCCAAAAAUUUAUUGCUUGCACAUAGCAAAGAAACGACUUACUCAAAAAAGUACUUUGACAAAGUUACGGCGAUGCACGUGCAUAUGAUUUUGAAUUUCUUACUGCGCCAGAAGAACUUAAGGAAUUGAAAUGAACAUAUGUAUAGUUUAUUAAUAUUGCACAAAUGUCUAAAACCAAACUAACGAGAAAUUUAUUUCUAUCGGCGUACUUCCAACAUAGUUUAUUCCUAUGAAUCUAUAAAUACAAACUUUCCAUCGCCUUCAAUUUUCAUAGUGUUUUGUCUAUUUUUAUUUCGGUGUUGUUGAAAUCUUUGAACUAUGUUAGCACGUAUUUUAAUAAACAAUCUGUCUAAUAUUCUAUGAAUACAUGGAUACAGAAAACACACAUAGACCACCCAAGUUUUUGAGAAUAAUCUACAUUGUAAUUACAUUUUUCCGGCUUACGAUUAGCCGUAACAGAAAACGAACCGAGCCUUGUUAUCUCAAUUAUAUGUAUGCGUUCCAGUUUGUGCAUGAAGUGUGCAGUACAUUUUAUGAAGUACUCAUACGAACCACAAUAAAGCAAACAUUGAUCCGUGCUGUUAAAGCACUUUUCUUUAUAUUGUCUUGUUUUCGGCUUGUGGUGAUCUGGAAAUCAGCAAUUUCAACUUAUGAUUAUAGCAUACUGAUUACAGUAGAAAUAUUUACGGAGCAGUAAAGGAUCACUGAAAAUUUUGUCCUGUACUCUAUGCAAAAGUUUUACGGUACAGUAUUCCGAUAUUCAGGACUUCAAAAGUCGUGCAUAUUUUCAUACUCGUUGAUAGCUCCUCGUGAAAAUUUUCCUUAUAUCAAAAUUGCGAGUCCAUGUCGUGUAAGCGUGCUGCGUAUUUUCAAAGUUAUUAUCUUUUUGAACCACUUACAAUUCGUCGUAUUUCAUAUUUAUUCGUAAUACCUCCCUUCAGCUCAUGGGUUCUCCUGACGAUUUCUCCGUUUUAUCUAGCGGGUAACAAUAAUACAAGAAACUUCCUCGUAUUCAAAUUUCUUCGUUUUUUUGUUUUCUUGUUUCCCUUGUUGCAUAAUAAAUUUUUAUCUAUUUUACUCAAUGUCGAAUCGUUAUCACAAGUAUAAUAUAUAACGUGACGAAAAAUAAUUUCGAUUAUAACAUUGCAAACAUGAAAUUUUCAAGCCCACUGCACCCUUUUUCCUAAGAGUUUAUGGUAGAUGAACAAAAUGAUCGACUCGACCGAAUUUUUAUUUCAGGUACCGAAAGUUGAAAAAUCGAUUCAACAAAUCUCAAUUUAGUCAAUUCGACAAAAAAAAAUCUCUGGUCACAGUGCGUAGAGAUAACGGCUCUUGAAAACGAUAAAAUCCUUCGUGCAAUCGUAUCACAAUAUAAUAUGGUGAUGCACUGACAUCGUUUCUUUCAAGGCUGAACGUUCUUUGUAAUUAGCUAUAUGUGAUAUUCUUUGAAAUAUUCACAUACAAAUAUCGAUUCUCGACCGAACAUAUUCAUAUAUUAUGAUCGCAUGUGCGCAUAUAUGUAUAAUUGUAUAUUUCUGUAUAAACAUGCACGCUAGCGUUAUCGAUAAUUUUUCAUUUUUUACUAUAAUAUAUGAAUAGUUUUACAGAAACAUAACAUGUCUACAUGCAUCGUGAAUUCUUUUGCCACGAAAAUUUUAUAAAAAUGAUGACUCUCCAAUAUGUGAUGAUGACAAUAAUAGCAAUAGCAUAGAUAUAUUCAACAAUCUAUGACGAUAGUAUAUGUAUAGUAACAAUUGUAAUAAACUGUGAAACUGAUUCAGUGAAACUAAAAUCCAUGUCAACUAUGAUGCGAGUAGGUAAAGUCUUUUGCUUGCCGAUGCAGUUGCGGACAAACGAGGUAUUGAAUAUUCCGUUAUUCAGUGAUAAUUAUUAUUUGCUAUUAUCAUUAUUGUUAUUCGGCGCCAAAAGCCAACUGUGAAAAUACUCCGCAGUUGGCAAUAAUAUGCGGUUUUCCGGCGAUCGUUUUAUGAGGUCUAAAUGAUACUUUACUUUGAACAAAGAUCAUUUAGGUACAUACUUGUAUACAUCUACAUGAUAAUCAGAACAAUAGUAUAUCAUAUUCCCACCUGCAGGAUUCCUCAGAUUGAAUCGUCUCGCGCGAGACUGGCCAUUUAUACGCUCGACCGCAUUUUAUACGCCGAUCUAUAUAGAAUUACAAAAUAAUGCAAGAUAUUGUAAAAAAUGAAAUUAAGAAAAAAAAAAUAUAAAAAGUAUACAUUAAAAUUAUUCGCCGACUACAGUACACGGGAUCGGGAGCCUUACGUUGCUCGGAAUCACACAAAUUCAAAAGCUUCGCAGUCGGUAAUGUUCAUAUAGAGUAUACCUCUGUAUAGCUUCCAUUGCAACUCUUUUACGGUACAUCCCCACCUUUCUCUCUUCGGCAACGUCGUCGACAUUUACCGGCUUCUAAAUUCAUUCUAUUCCGACCAGUGACACACUACGUUUUGAACUUCCAUUCAAAAAUUAAUUACCUGUUUUCUUUUCAAUUAUAAUUUAUUAAUAUGCGAAUUAAUUAACAAUUAAAAGAUCUGUGAUAUCGUGGUUCUUAAGUUCACCGCGAACCGUUCAACACCAAAAUUAUUUAUAACAAAUAUCAUCGAUGUUCUUUCGUUUUUCAUUAAUUUACCUAUCGCUACAAAGCUGUGAAUAUUUGAAAUAAGUUGAAAAAAGGAAUUAGAAUUCUUGAUUAAUUUUUAUUGGAAAAGAAAGAUUCAAGAUUCGAUAAUGUGAACAAAUUUUGUAUUACCAUGUGUAGUACCUUUUUCUCUUUGAUGUGUUAUUUUUGAAAGAAAACAUGAUUUCUUUAUCGUUGAGUCGAUGUUCAGUUUUGAUCGUGAUUACCAGAAAUCUAAAUACAUAACUAGUAAACUCUGAAAGUUGAACUGUGAUAACGUUCAAUCUGUAAACUUGUAAGUGGAACUAAUUUUUCAUUCAAAAACCCGACUCGUUUAUUAUGAUGGGCAUGACGGAUCAUUGCAUAUUGGAUAUGAUGGACUUCGAGGAGAAUAACUGGUCGUUGGAUAGUGAAUGUUUGAUUCCACCGGACGAUGACUUCCUCCAAGCAUUGAGCUCUGAACUUGAGAUACCUUUGCUGUUGGGAGGUGAAGGGUCUCCCUGCCGCGAUGAAACACCGGAUGAAAUAAUGAAGGACGCAGUUUUACAAGCAAACUUGCCAACUCUCGAAGAACUUGAAGUUGACCCGAUGCAAUGGGGUCCAGAUGCCUUUCCUAAUCUCUCUGCUGCUGAAGACGUGGAUAUCAAAGAUGAGGUAAAAGAUGAAAUUAAAACGGAACCAGGAAGUCCACAUUCUCAAUUACCUCCAUCGCCCAGUCCAAGUAAUUCAGAGUCAAGCGGAUCGGAAUGGCAACAUGAUGGGUCAACCACUUCAUCUGUGGACGUAAAAUUUACUUUAGAAACGCCACCAAUAUCGCCACCACAAAAUGAUUCACCUCCAAUAUCUCCAAAACCCGCUUCAAACCCGUCUCUUCUCCAACCGAUAAAGCUGGUUUCUAUAAAUGGCCGAAAGGCCGCAAGUUUUGUGCUCUCCAAAAGCAAUUCAGCAAAAAGAGUAUGCAUUCAGCCUAAGCUAAACACUGCGGUAAAUGUUGGAGAAGACCCACCUCGAAAAACGAUAGUACUCAGCGCACAGGAUUUCGCGGCUCUUACACAGAAAGUGAAACAGAACAAUGCCUGUCAACCAUUGAAAAUUCAAUCUAUGACGCCAAUAAAAGUACCAGUAAAUACGCAAAUGAAAGUUCACCAUCCUCGAAAUGUCCAAUCUACCCCCCCAAUAAAGACGGAACCUAAUACCAUAAAAAUUACGCCCGGAAACCAAGUUAAAAUAAUAAACCCAAUUCCAAGUGUUCAAAUUCAAAACCCUGAGCCACUGGUUAAUAUACCUACCGGAUGUACACAAAUAGUAAUAAAAAAUCAGCCGGAAUUGAUAAAUUUAAGUGGGAAACAAGAGUGCGAAAUGAAGGCAUUAAAAAGGCAACAGAGAAUGAUAAAAAACCGAGAAUCUGCUUGCUUGUCGAGAAAAAAAAAGAAGGAAUACGUAACAGCUUUGGAGAAACAGAUAGCUGAUCUUCAAGAUGAAAAUGCCCAGCUAAAAAUGGAAAACAUAGCGCUAAGAGAAAGACUGUGCGUUACUGAAGAGCUGACCGGCACAAGCAGCAAAUUAGGAAAUUUAAAUCUUGGUGCCAACAGAAAAAAUGCGGCGAUUUUACUCGCUAUGGUUUUCAUGGUUUCCUUAAACGUCGGAAGUUUAGGGGGUUUAUUUUCACAAAAUAAACGAUUGAAUACGCUCACGAGUAAUCUUCCAGCAUCUUUGCCGGAUGUCAGACAUGGCAGGUCAUUACUAUGGACAGAUAUAGACAAUCAAGAAAAUGAAGAGCAGAGUGAACAGUUCAAUGAAACAACCAUUCAUCAUCCUAUGUGCCCCAUGUAUAUUAAUCAAACAGAAUCAAUUAGAUUGGAUAGCGAACUGAGACGAUGGAUUGGAGGGGAUUCAGAUCGUGACAAUUGGACAAAACCAGUUAAAACAGAUUUAGAAAUCAAAUCUCUUGGAGAAAUACUCUUACCGAAACCAUUAUCGCCGGUCCGAGAACGUUUGAGAAUCAAACCGAAGUUGCUUCCCAAAAAAAACAUGGAGCCCAAACCAAAGACAAAAAGCAUUGAAACAUCAAGUAACAAUGCUGUUGAAGUGUUUUCUCCAACUUCAACGGAACAUGCUUCAUUGUUCGACGCAUUGAGAAGGCGAGAUGAUACGUUCUACGUUGUUUGGUUUAGUGGUGAGCACUUACUUCUGCCUGCUUCGAGACGAAAUAACACAGCAAGGCCUAGAAUGUCUUUAGUGCUCCCUGCAGUUCCUGUGAAUGGCACAUUUUCGACUCCAUCAAAUCACGUGACAAUGAUGCAAAUAGAUUGUGAGGUAACGAAUACCCAGCUUCUGCACUUACAGGAAUCUGUUAUUCCGGAACAUUUGCGUCGUCACCAGCAAUCUGCUAAUCAUGCAUCCAAAGCGGAUACCGAUCGUGUGCCUACCACCACUAACGUUACUAAAAAUUAUAAGCCUUACUUCGUCAAAGAAAAUGUUACUGCGGCUGAUCUCAAUGAUACGGAUUACAAGAACCCCUAUAUGAUGAAAGCUAAGGAUACUUAUCCCCCUAAAGAACCAUCUUAUAUGCUUAGAAGCAAGGUUAUGCCAAGCUUUGGGUCAGACAAUUCAAAAGCUAAAUCUUAUAGUGCAAAAUCGAAGGACUAUGUUAAACCGGAAAUGUUCGUUCCAGAUAUUGAUGCCUUGAAAACGAUAUAUUAUCAGACCAGUAAAAAGUUUAAAAGGAGAAGAAAUCUAAUCAAUCCUUGAAUUAAUAUUUAAGUAAAUCUUAUUAUAUACUUUCUUAAUAUAUAAAGCUGGAAAGUUUGUUUGUUUGUUUGUUUGAACGCGCUAAUCUCAGGAACUACUGGUUCGAAUUGAAAAAUUCGUUUGUGUCAGAUAGUCCACCUAUCGAGGAAGGCUAUACGCUAUAUAAAAUCAUUCUAUGACCAAUAGGAGCGGAGCAUCAAUAAAAAAUGUGGUAAAAACGGGAAAAUGUAUUAUAAACUGAGCCACGGGAACGCGUGGCCGGAUCAGCUAGUUGUAAAUAAUUUCAAAAGUCAUGGUGCGUUUGCACCAAUACGCGGCAAAUGCCGUUCGACGAAUAGAAGGGUUCGACGAAUCUUUUCAAUGAUUGUAUUCAUGCGGAACGUUUUAUAUAUAUAAAAAAUUGUAACAAUUUUCUUCACCGUACAUACAAACGUAUGUAUUUUCAUAAAUUCUUAUAGUACUAGUUAUAUGUAUAACAGUAACACUUGAUAAAUUGGUACUGACAAAUUAAUAUACUUAGCAUUAAGUAAGAAAUGGAUACUACUAGAUAAUAUUCAAUAUUUCAGUAUUUCCUCUAAUUAAUAUAUUGUACGUAUUGAAUGGAUAGGACGAAUUCAUAAUUGAAAUGCAUAUACCAUUUCUUGGUCAAUAAAAUAAAAUAAUUAUUUAACAAUGUAUAAUAUGAGCCAAAAGUGACCGCGUUACGACAUGUAUUUCGAAUUAUGAAUUCACAGCCAUUACUUUAAUGAUAAAAAUCAUGGUUUUUCUUCUUUUUCACUAAUAAUACCCAGUACAAAGUGUUAUCACAAUUAUAUCUCAUUUCUAGUGAAUAUACUUGCAUCAAAAUACA